UAUGUUUGACAGUAUAUUCUAAGUAUACUAUCCAACGUUCCAGCUGCAUGGCGAUGGCCAAAUCAGUGCACCAGCUGCUGGACAGGCUGCGGCUAAUUGCCGGCAAUCAAAUGAGACUGAUGUAUACGCACAAGGUCCAUAAUAUUAUGGUUUUACCAGUGCAGCCUGCAUAUCUCUUCAAAGUAAAGCUGUUCCAAACAUGGUAGCAUUUGAAUCUUAUUCCUAUUCUGGAAGGUAUGGCCAGAAGAGGUGGGUUGGAAGACGAAUCUACGUUACGCUUGCUUUAGUCAGUUUCAUCACAGUCAUGACAUAUUUAUGUCACCUUCGGCGUAAAGUGGAAGGACGGCUCUUUUUCAAACAUCGGGGUCAAGUAGAAAGUGACAUUUCAAUACUAGUUUACAAGAAGCCAUUCUGUUAUCCAUCGCACAGUCUGAUGAGCAGUGACGUGUGUGCAUUAAUACACCAGUUCAUAAAUGCUGAUGAUUUUCGACUUCUGAUGGAUAUCUUCGAUAAUUUUAAAGAAAUGGCUGAAGUGAAAGGCUGGCAGUAUUUCAUCUUCAUGGGAACCCUCCUGGGCUCUUGGCGUCAUCACGGCCAAAUCAAGUGGGACGCAGAUAUUGACGUAUUUCUCAACAUUUCCGUCCGCGAUGACGUCAUUAACACUUUAAGUGCCCUACCAGGGUAUAAUGUAGUGCAAAGGGAGUCUGUUAAGAUGUUGAAAAUGCAAUCGGAUUCGUCUUACCAGGAAGUUGUAGACAAUGUUAUGGGAACAUGGUGGUGGCCUGCCAUGGAUAUAUUCUUUUAUGAAGAAAACGCAACACAUGUUUUUGACGCUGAUCCAAAGCGGCGUUGGGGUUUGUUGCAACCAAAAACUGCAGUUUUUCCACUUCGGAUGAGACCUUUUGAAAAACAUAGCGUCCCCGUACCUAACAAACCAGAGAUGUGCCUUGAACGAAUGUAUGGCAGCGGUUACAUGGAUGACUGUGUGGGCCUGAAGAUAUCCGUCAAAUGUGAGGCUUUACGGGAUAUCACGCCGCUUGUUGAUAGAAAACAACGCGGGCAGUUUCCAGUAGAGACUUUGAGGAUAGGCGACAUUAUUAUUCAACAAGUAAAAAUUUAA